GCGCGCCGCACUCGUCCCAGUGACUCCGCCCCGGCCGGUGUGUAGAGCUCUGUAGCGCGCGCACCCGCGGACACGCUCUCUCCCUCUCAGGCCCAGCCCGCGCGCGCGCUUCCGCAGAGGAGGGAAGGCCCGGCCGCGCUCCAAAAGCUCCGCCGCGCGCCGCGGUCGGUCAAGGCCCUUCGGGUGGCGUAUCGAGCGAUAGGGCAGGGAGGAGGAGGAGGUGGUGGCGGUGGUGCGUGGGCCGCGCGAGCCCGGGAGAGCAGGCGGUGGUUAUUGGAGGCGGCGAGAGCGACACACCCCCGCCCCCGCAGCGUGCGGGACCAUGCCCAGCAUGCCGUCCUCUGACGCUGCCAACAUGCCCGUUGCAAUCUCGCGCACCUCGGUGCCCCAGGGCCCUCUGAUCGGCGCCCUGGAGGAGGGCACGCGCACCUGCCGCUUCGCGCUGUACGAGGCGUCCACGCUCCGCGAGGUGGCCGUGCACUGCGUCGAGGUAGAGUCGCUGCGCCCGGAGGAGGGCUGGGUGGAGCAGGACCCCGUGGCGAUCCUGCGCGCCGCCCGCGAGUGCAUGGCGGCCGCGGUGGCGGCGCUGCCGCCGGGCCUGGGCGCCCGGGACGUGGCCGCCGUCGGCGUGACCAACCAGCGCGAGACGACCGUCGUGUGGGACAAGGUGACGGGCCAGCCGCUGCACCACGCGCUCGUCUGGAACGACAUCCGCACCUCCAAGACGGUCGACGCCGUGCUCGCCAGGAUGCCGGGCAACGACAAGGACGCCCUGCGCGCCCUGGCCGGCGUGCCCGUCAGCCCCUACUUCAGCGCGCUCAAGCUGCGCUGGCUCAUCGACAACGUGCCCGCCGUCAGCAAGGCCAUCCAGGACAAGCGCUGCCUGUUCGGCACCGUGGACUCGUGGCUCGUCUGGAACCUGACCGGCGGUCCGCGUGGCGGCCUGCACAUCACGGACGUGACCAACGCGUCGCGCACGCUGCUCAUGAACAUCCACAGCCUGCAGUGGGACCCGCAGCUGCUCCGCACCUUCGACAUCCCGGCCGAGAUCCUGCCGGAGAUCCGCAGCUCGUCCGAGGUGUACGGCGACCUGAGCGAGGGCCCGCUGCGCGGCGUGCCCAUCUCGGCCAUCCUGGGCAACCAGCAGGCGGCGCUGGUGGGCGAGCGCUGCUUCAAGGAGGGCCAGGCCAAGAGCACGUACCGCUCGGGCUGCUUCCUGCUGUACAACACGGGCGCGCAGUGCGUGCAGUCCAAGCACGGCCUGCUGUCCACCGUGGCCUACAAGAUGGGGCCGGACGCGCCCACCGUGUACGCGCUGGAAGGGUCGGUGGCGGUGGCCGGCCACGCCAUCAAGUGGCUCCGCGACAACCUCAACCUGCUCAAGGACCCCGCCGACUGCGAGCGCCUCGCGGCCGAGGUGGCCUCCACCGGCGACGUGUACUUCGUGCCCGCCUUCACCGGCCUGUACGCGCCGCACUGGAGGAAGGACGCCAGAGGGAUCCUGUGCGGGCUCACCCAGUUCACCACCAAGGGGCACAUCAUCCGGGCGUCUCUGGAGGCGGUGUGCUUCCAGACCCGCGACAUCCUGGAGGCCAUGGCGCGCGACUGCGGCAAGAACAGCUCCGAGACGCUCACCGAGCUCCGCGUCGACGGCAAGAUGGCCGUCAACAACCUCUUGCUGCAGCUGCAGGCUGACCUGUGCGGCUCUUCCGUCGUUCGCACGGAUGUGACGGAGAAGGCCGCCGUCGGCGCCGCCAUUGCCGCCGGUCAGGCGCGGGGGGUCGACCUGGUGAAGCUGGACGCCCUGCCACCCCCGCAGUCGCAGGGCGACGUCUUCACGCCGAGCAUCAGCCAGGAAGACAGGAAGGCCCGGUACACCAAGUGGAAGAUGGCGCUCACCCGCUCGCUCGGCUGGGCCAAGCCGCCAAAGUCGGCGUCCAUGACAGAUAAGCGGUAUCACCUUCUUGCCUCCAUCCCACCAAGUCUUUUCUUUAUUAGUUCAUUCGCAAUGAUGCUUGUGUCGGAAUUGUGAUACAUUUCAAAGUGCACGGGCUAUUUUCUCUUAGCAUGUAUAAGAUUUUAUACAUAUGCCAUUGCUGCCACCGUACUGCUAGUGAGAUCUCACUCAUGUGAUAUUUGUAUUUGUUUAAUAUUAAGUAUUUAUUAUAGUUAUUGUUGUGUGUUUAAUACAUUCCGGGGUUCUAGAAAUAAAUGUUGCAAGACAUUUAGAAAA